AUGGGGCUUUUUUAUGUGCAUGCAGGAGAUGAAUAUUAUUCAUUUUUCUUAGAUUGUGAGGAAGGAAGCGCAUGCACAAUCUUAUUAAGAGGAGGAAGCAAAGAUGUACUUAAUGAAGUUGAGCGGAAUAUACUAUUAGAGGGGAAAGUUGUCCCUGGUGGAGGAGCAACAGAGAUGGCACUUGCUGCUAGAUUAUUACAUAAAGCUAAAAGUAUAGAUUCUGUACAUCAAUAUGCCUAUAGAGCAGUUGCUGCCUCUCUUGAGGUUAUACCAAGAACAUUAGCACAAAAUUGCGGUGCUAAUGUUGUAAAAGUAAUGACGGAUCUGCGUGCUAGCCAUAGCCGUAUAGAUUGUCCUAUAGCUGCAUGCAUGGGUAUAAAUGGUAAAACAGGAGAAAUAACAAACAUGAGGGAUCUAAUGGUUUGGGACUGUCUUACUGUUAAACAACAAGUCUAUAAAACUGCUAUUGAAGCUGCAGCAAUGUUAUUACGUAUAGAUGAUGUAUUAUCUGGAUUAAGGAAAGACACAAAGGGAGGAGAAGGAGGAGAAGGAGGAGCUGUUGAGGACAUGGAGACAUUUGGAGACUCUCGUGAUGGUUGA